UCCUUCAGCCCGGUGCUUAGAGGAGGGAGCUCGCCGCUUACGUCCGGCCAGAGGUCGUGGUGAUUUUUCUUGUAAAUCAGUCUGAGGCCAGGCCUCAAGUGGAAACGGAGUCACUAUGCUGACCGGACGGCAGAGCCGAGUGCCCUUACAGUUCCUGCCGGAUGAGGCCCGGAACCUGCCCCCGCCCAAGCUGACCGACCCGCGGCUCCUCUACACGGGCUUCCUGGGCUACUGCUCCGGCCUGCUUGAUAACGCGAUCCGGCAGAGACCGGUGAUGUCGGCUGGUUUGCAUCGCCAGCUUCUAUAUGUUACUUCCUUUGUUUUUUUUGGAUACUAUAUUUUAAAACAUCAAAACUAUAUAUAUGCUGUGAGGGACCGUGAUAUGUUUGCAUAUAUGAAAUUACAUCUGGAGGAUUUUCCCGAAAAAGAUAGGAAGACUUAUGGUGAAAUUCUUGAAAAUUUCCAUCCAGUACGUUGAAGUCUUCAAAAUGCCUGCUCCAGUUUCACUGAUACAUUAUUUCUGAAUUUUAUGGAACAUGUUUCCAUGUCAGCUGAAGUUUAUGUUAAUCUGUGUUAACACCUUAUAAUUAAAAUAAUUAUCAUGAGU